AUGGAGGAAGACGAGCCCGAGCCCGAGCCUACCGAAACUCCGGAAAGGAAAUUCUCAGGGUAUGCGCCGAGUCAAGAUAGUUCCACCACCAAGGAACCGCUAAAAUCCCAUGAACCAUGGCCGCCACGUCUAAAUGUCACUAGGAACGAGGCACGGCACGACUUGUUGACUACGGACAACGACAUAAUUGACCGCGGUGUCAUUUCCAUAGAUCUUGCAGAAAAUUUACUCAAACUUUACCGAGAAGAGCUCUUCGAGGAUUACCCAGGUAUUAAGAUUGGAAAAGAAGUCACAGCAGAUGAAUUGAGGUCAAAAAAGCCAGCCCUCUUUCACGCAGUCAUGGCUGCAGCCAGUCAGAGUUUGGGCUCAACUUUAUCCAACAAACUCCACGAAGAGCUGAUUUACUUCUAUGCAAGAUCACUUCAAACAAUUCAGGACAAGACCUUGAUCGCAUGGCUGAGACUGCAACGCAUUGCGGACGAAGCGUACACAGCUUUUGGUUUUGACGAUGCCUCCACUAGCUUCUCACUAUCAGAAUUGCGCCUGCAAGCCAUCCUGAAGAUCUUUGAACGGCGGAUGCAGGAGUGGAAGAAGGGUGUGCCUGACGAAGUCAUGACGAAAUAUGACGCUCCAGAAUUCAGGAAUCGGCACAUGACUCUUCCAGCCCUGGAUGAAGACGCCUGCAUCCAGCCAGAGAGCCUCCUCUCCCGCUCCUCUCUGCAGACCAACGCAACUAUCAUGUGUAUAAGCGCCGCGCACUCCAUCCUGGACUGCUUCCUCCAGGUGCCCAUCCCAAAGCUGCAAAGGUCUGCGGGCGUGCUUUUCGUCCGGGCGUGCUUCGCUCUCGUUGCCCUUCUCAAAGUGGACUACGCCGUCGGCACGGAUGCCGAAGGCAUGGGCGAAGUCAUCGAUUCCAAGAGUCUCAAAAUAGACUACUAUCUCGAUUCCGUGAUCAGGCAGACAACGGAAGCUGAAGGGCUGCAGAAGUGCAGAAUCCCAGGCCAUUGGCGGUUCGUCAUCAAAGAGAAGCUCAAGACAUGGCACGACGAACAUCAAGAGUGGCGCCGCAACGGCGGCCACCUAAAGCGCAACAAGAAAGCGCAAGCUAUGCUCGACGCAACAAACACAUCGAGCGCAUCCUCCGAUAUCCUCCCUCCUCCAGCAUACACAUCCCAAGCCCAGCAAUUACCAAACCCAAGUCCCCUCACGACGAACUCUACCCUCCCAGAACCACAGCCCCCACGCACCACACCAAAUCUAGACUACGUCCUCAGCGGCAGCCAAAUGAACGCGUGGCAACCCUCCGCCUUCCGCUUCCCCGUCUCGACUACCGCAGGGACACCCGGGCUCGGCGACGCGGUCUACACAGGUCCGGAUAUGACCGACUUCUCGGCGGCGUUUCAGAACGGCGACUUGUACCUUUGGGACGACAUCAAUGAUAACUAUGGGGGGUGGAUGCCGCAGGGGGGAGGGUUCAGCGAUGUGCCGUUUAAUGGGAUGAAUUUUUAG